GGCUCGAAGGGCCAAUGGCCUACUCCUGCACCUAAUUUCUAUGUUUCUGCCAUUCAGCCAGUCUUCCAUCCGUGCUAUCCGCACUAAUACCAUGGGCUCUCAUCUUGUUUGGCAGCCUCAUGUGUGGCACCUUAUCAAAGGCCUUUUGAAAUCCAAGUAACAAAUAUCAACUGAUCCCCUUUGGUCUAUCCUACUGCACUGUUCUACGGGUGUUCUUUGUUUAAAUCAUCACAAAGAUAAUAAACGGUCCCUUCGGAUUUAUCAACCCUCUCACAACUUCAAUUAUUCUCAAAGAUGCAACUUUAAACAUCUGAACAGGAGCAUUGUGCUGUGGCCCUGAAGGAUUAAAAGAAUUCCAAAGAGGCCUUAUUUUUAAAACAAAGACUUUAUAAAUAAGCAAAGAGCAGUGGAGGGAGGGAUGGGUUGUUUUGAAGUCUGACAUUUAACUGCAUGACCCCUUGGUGUGCAGGCAGCUCCCUGCCAUUUUCAAUGAGUGAGCCACUGCUCUGCAGCACCGGGAAGCAAAUGAAUCAGGGAGGGAGGUGGGAUGGAGGCAGAGUGUGAGCAAUGUGCACCAGCAUCAGUAGUACAUCAGUCAGUCUGAACACUUUGCUCCGAGCACGAGGAAAGGCUGCUGUCUCCGGUUUUACCUUCAAAGGGAAUUCUGGUUCCCAUCUGAAGUGGUUUACCUGCACCAUCUACACCAGAGCUCUGAAGAGAGAGAAUACAGAGUCCAAGAACUAGUUGCUGCCUUGGAAUUAUAGCUGGGGCUGCUCACUGCAGUUGGCACAGGCUCAAUGAUGUCCACAAAGGCAAUCACCGCAAACCACAUCGCUCACACCAGGAAGGCGGUGGAACAGCUGCGGAUGGAGGCGGGCAUCGAACGGAUUAAGAUUUCAAAAGCUGCCACAGACCUGAUGAACUACUGCGAGGAACAUGGCACAAAGGACCCACUGCUGACAGGAAUUCCAACCUCCGACAAUCCUUUCAAAGACAAGAAGCCUUGCGCCAUAUUGUAGCCUCACCGACGGAGAUUCAUCACCCAGCAUCUAUUUGGAAGCAUCAUCCAUUCCUGCAUUACCCCAGACAUACAGACCUCUCAUUCCUCAUCAGUCAAUGUAGAUGGCAUACAUUAAUAAUCUCAAUUUCUGAGCUGUAGAGAGGCAGGAGCCGGCCAGAAGGUUGGGGAGCAGCAGUAGUGAUGUACAUAUCGUAGUAACACAGCAAAGGCCCUGGGUACAAACAUUGCAAAUGGUCAUUGUUUUAUAGUGUUGAGAGAUGGGGACGAAGAGUGGGGAUGACAUGGGACCUUUCUACCUUCUCAGUCCCCUCGGUCUUUGGUUAGAACCCAAGAUGGAUUCUGGCUUCAGUCUUGAAGACAGCAAUGUGCCCUUGGAGAGGUGUAUGGUGGAGGUUCUGUGAUAAGGUUUAGGUGCCAAAGGGUGGACAAGGGAAGGUCAGUGAGAAGACUUAUUGUGUUAGGAAUCAUCAAUUUUAAUGCGUGACUGUUGGAAAUUAAAGGCAUUCUCCCGACUUCGCAUUUGACUACAGCUUUCUGAAUGUUAUGACCAGGAGACAAGAUGGAGGCAACAUGGCGGAAGGAGAUCUAUGAGUCUGUUGAGCAGUAUUAGUUCCAACUUCUCCAUGCACACACAACUACAACAGGAUCUUCCCAUCAUGUGAUUAAGAAAACUAAGAUUAUUUACUCUGCCUGCUUCCAAAAAGCAUCAAAGUGCAGGGGUGAGAGGGUCUGAUCGGGUAA